AAUUUAGAAAUGUCUAAACAAGUCAUGAAUUUUAAAAGAAAUAAACAAAUAAGUCAACCUUUUUUAAAUACUUCUCUGACAAUAAAAAAUGAAACUCAAAAUGACGAAAACGAAAUACGAAUAGUAGAUGAGAAUACCUCUACAUUUUUUAAAGAAAUAAACUUAUUGUUAGAUCAGAAUAUGUUUUACAAGUCUCAAAUAAAAAACGAUACAUUUGCUAAUGUAACAUUAAAACAAAAACUAUCAAAUGCAAUGUGUACUACCAAAUUUGGAAGAACUAUUGAUAUAGAAACAUUAGCAAAAGAUAAUAAGUUAGGUGAAGUAUCAAAUGUUAUUUUAAGCAAUUGGUUGUAUAAACACCUAAUUCCACAUAAUAGACAAGCAAAAAAGGCUGACUUAAUUGAAAAAGUAUUAACACAAAUAAGAAGUAUGAAAAAAAAAAUAUAAUUUAUAACAAAAAAUAUAUAGAUUUUUUUUUCUCUGUAAAAGGGUUUAAUUUAACAAUAACAACAUUUUAUUUUGACUCAAUACCACUGUAAGUGGUUUUUAUUCAUACAUUAAUAAAUAAACAUAAAAACUACGUUCUU